AUGUCGACCGUCAUCGUGCCCUCCGAAUGGUGCGUCAAAUCCACGUUGACGGACAAGCAGGCCAAGGCCGAAACCAUCAUGCUGGACGUGCCUCCAUCCAAGCACACGCCGCAGCUGAAGCUCUCCAAGUGUCACCUCAUCGUGCGUCUGCCCCUUCACCAUCUUUCCUCCCCCUACCAUCUUUCCUUUCCCCCCAUCUUUCCUUCCCCCUUCUCGGCAAGCCAUCUGAUGCGUUGCAUUGCAUUGCAGAUCUUCGUCAACCUCAAGCUCGGCGCCCUCACCAAGCAGGCCGACGCCAGUGACGGCUGCCCGGGCGUGCUCGUCUGGUCCGACGAAGCCAAAGGCCGCGUGCUAGCCGGCUGCGCCCACCUCGGCAUCUCCAAGUCCCUUCGUCCCGACGUCCCGACGGCGCGCAGGCUAGCGGACCUGGUCGGCAUCCCCACCAUCUACGGCCCCUUCGUCUACCGCACCUGCCUCGAGCGCACCCUCGCCUUCAUCGACAAUAACAUCCACCCCGGCACCAUCCCCAACGCGUUUGGCAUCGAUGCGAGCAAGCGCGUCGUGUGGAAGGCGCACACUGCGUACUGGGUGCAGAAGGGCGGCGUCAAGUUGGCUUCGUGGGAGGUGAUGGUCGCCCAGGAGUCCGACGACCUGCGUGCGUACCACGAGCCGGCGGCGGGUGCGGCGGCGGCGAAGAAGCUCGGGUACAAGCGCAUUGUGGAUGGCGCGCUGGGUCAGGUGGCGGUGGCCGGGGUUUGGGAUCAUGUCGGGGCGCUUGAGGUGGAGAGUUCGGUGGAGAGUAAGAGUUCGGUUGGGGGGAAGAGCUUGGUGGGGAUGGAGAGUUCGGUGGAGAGUACGGCGGAGACGGAGAGUACGGCGGAGAGUGAGUAUGAGGAGGAGAAGGACGUGGAGAAUGCGCAUAAGAAGGAGGCGAAGCAGGCGAAGGCCAAGCAGACGAAGGCGAAGAAGGCGAAGGCGAAGCAAGCCAUGGCGAAGGCGAAGCAAGUCAUGGCGAAGCCGGUCAAGGCGAAGCAGGUCAAGGCAAAGCAGGUCAAGCAGAACUCGACCAAGAACGUUACGGCGGGGAAGAAAGGGUCUGGCAAGGCUAAGACCAUCCUGGAGGAGAGUUCGGCGGAGAGUUCGGCGGAGAGUACGGCGGAGAGUUCGGAGGGCGAGGAGGAGAGCUCGAAGGAGAGUGAGGCCGAGAAUGCGCGUCAGAAGCCGGCAAAGCAGAAGUCGAGCAAGAUCAUUACGGCGGCCAAGAAGAAGGAUUCGUCCGUAGCCAAGAUCCAGGCGACCACCGGCAAAGGCGGGAAGGAUGAGCUCUACCAGCAACUCCACGACCUCUACCACGCCCUGACGAGCCGCGUCGGGCAGCACGACCAGAUGGUCGACCUCAACACCGACAAGAUCGCCACCCAGGCCAAGCUCACCGAUGACACCAUCGCCCUCCUGUACGAGUUGCAGGCCAAGGUGAAGGCGGAGAAGGGGGUCUUGUAA